UUGUUUUUUUUUUGUUUUUUUUUCUUAACCAACGAAAAACACGAGGGGAAAAAAAGAAGAAGAGGAGAGAACAGAUAAAAAAAAACAGGAAGAAGAGGAGACGAGUGUCGAAACGGAGUGUGAUAUUGCGGGAGAGAGCGAGAAAAGGAAAAGGAAAACAAGAAAAAACAAGAAAAAGAAAGAACAAGGGAAAGACUUCGUUCGUUCUAAAACGGAUAAAUACAAAAUACACUUGUGUAAAGAGUCUCGUCACGUGCUCUCGAUUUGGUUGAUAACAGUGAAUUAUCAUUGGAUAUCAGGACAAGGUGAGGUGGACGCAGAGUGAUCGAAAAGAGAGAGAAAGAGAGGAGAAGAGGAUCGGAAGGUUUCCCUCUCGAAAGUGACUUUUUCCAAUAUUUGGGAUCUGUGAUUAACUUUUUCUCUCUCUAAAUAAAUAAAUAAAUAAAUAAAUAAAUAAAUAUAUAUAUAUAUAUAUAUAUAUGUAUAUAUACAAAUAUAAAAGUGAGAUUGAAGAAGAUAUAUCUAUAGUGCAGAAAGAGAGAUAGAAAUAGAGAUAUAAAAAAAAAAGGAGAGAGAGAGAGAGAGAAAAAGAGAGAGAGAGAUGGAGUAUCAUCGAUGAGAAGAUCUACGAACUCGAAUGCAACAAGGACGCACGUUGAAUGUCGUUAACGUCGAUGAACUAUUAAUCAUCAUCUUCUAAGAUCUUCAAGAUGAAUCAGCAAUGCAAGGUGUGCGGCGAACCCGCGGCUGGCUUCCACUUUGGCGCGUUCACCUGCGAGGGCUGCAAGUCCUUCUUUGGAAGAUCUUACAACAAUCUAAACAGUAUAUCCGAAUGCAAGAACGGCGGUGAAUGCGUGAUAAACAAGAAGAAUCGUACUGCCUGUAAAGCCUGCCGUUUAAGAAAGUGCCUUCUCGUUGGAAUGUCGAAAUCUAGCUCGCGUUAUGGGCGCAGAUCUAAUUGGUUCAAGAUCCAUUGUCUUCUUCAGGAACAACAACAACAACAACAACAGCAGCAACAGCAACAGCAACAACAACAACAGCAACAACAACAACAACAACAGCAACAACAGCAACAGCAGCAACAGCAACAACAACAGCAACAACAGCAUCAUUAUUCUCAAGCAUUGACAGCGAAUCCUCAAUUAUCUCAACAACAACGAAAAGCAAUGAGUCCACCGAUCGGUUUACAUCCGAGUCAAAGGAAGGAGGAUACAUUGUUGCUUGGAUUGGACGAUUAUAAGAAUUCAACGUCUCCUAGUAUAAGUUCUCCGGAAUCCCAUAACAGCGACAGUUCGGUUGAAAUAUCAGAAAGAAGGGCAGCGUUUGUUGGACAUCCAGGCUUUCGACCGCUACAUUCUCAUUUGCCACACUCGGUAGCCGAACUCUCGGCAUUGGGUAAAGAGAUGAUGACGUUACCACUUGGUUUUCAUCUCGGUGGAAUGUCCUUGAUUCAACCGGCGUUCUUACCACCCCCAAGUCUUACAAUGUUCUCGCCUUAUCAUCUAUACGCGACUCCACACGGCGGUUCUCACCCUUUGGUACCGUCUUGUCACUCACCUAGCGUACAUAGAAGUUCCCCAGUUAUCGAUGAUGUAUCCUCGACGAUAUCGACGUCACCGACGACAACGACGACGACGACAACGACGACGUUGACCGUUGUUCCAACGACGACGAGUAUCGAGACAACAACGAAUACGAUUAUUAACAUCGAUGACAAAGACUCCUGUCCAAAUAGUAAUAAUAAUAAUAAUAACAACAACAACAACAACAACAACAACAAUAAUAAUAAUAAUAAUAUUAAUAACAACAACAAUGACAAAUACGUUCACAAUCAGAACGUUAGAUCGACGAUAGAGAACACUACGUCGACCGAAAAUUAUAGCAAAAGAUUUUAUUUAGACGCGGUACUAAAGAGACAACGAUUAACAAGAGGUGGAUCUUCACCGAGAUCUUUAAAAACUUCAUCCGAUAGAGAAUCUUUGAGCUCGACUCCCGAACUCGACAUUGAUUGUCUACCACCACAAGACAAUCCCAUAGAUCUUUCAAUGAAAUCAACGACCGCCAGCGUAGUUGAUCCUACUCAGGAAGACGAGCUCGACAUGGAGGAAGAAGACAGCGACAGGGACAGCCCACCCUUGAAGAAGAGGCCUGCACCUAUCGAUCUCACUACGAGGUCUUAAGCCCUUCUUUUUCUUUUCUUCUCUCUCUCUCUCUCUCUUUUCUCUCUUUCUCUUUCUCUCUCUUCUUCUCUCUCAACCAUAACCACAACCCCAAGCCCAACCCCUCCCAGAAUAUGGAAUUUAUGAUUCCACGAUGACUCGUAAGAAUACUUUUCUUUGAAGAAAGAAAACAAGCGAUCCUUUCGUAUUCUAAAAAUGCGUUUACUAUGAAAAAUUUUACUUCUUUUCUCUAUUUCUCUCUCUCUCUCUUUCUUUCUUUCUUUCUUUCUGUCUUUCUCUUACUCUUUCUUUCUUUUCUUUCUCUAUCUCUUUCUAGUCUACCGAAAAUCGUUCCUAUACCGUGAGAAAGGUCAGGGUGCUAUUAUACGCGAUCUACGUUAGAUAUGUGUGAGAUAAUAGGAAGGUGCCUAAGCAAAACGGUGAAAUCGAAAAUUGCUAUAGGCGCACGAUGGACUUUGACAACGAUUCUCUACGAAGAUAACCCUUUUUGUUAUAUUUAAUUUUAUUCACAAUUUCCAUUGGUAUUGCUAAACGGACUUUGCGUAUUUAUGCGAGCUCGUAUGUGUGUGUAUGUGUAUAUAUGUGUGUGAGAGAGAGGGAGAGAGAUGGAGAGUGAGGGAGUUAGAAAAGAGAUAGGGAAAGAGAAAGAGUGAGAGAGAGA